UGAUGUGCUGUGGUUGCUGUGUGUUCUCCGUUUGCAAACGACAGAAAUAUUUUUUUUUUUUGCUUUUGCCGUUUGCCAGAGUCUUAAGCCUGAGCUGUCACCACACAGAUUUUUAUUUUUUCCACAAAAUUGGCGUCACGAACAAGGAUUCUUUGCUGCUUCGUCCAAUCGGUGGUCUAGAAGAGGGUUGACCACCAAGGCUUCUCCUCCCAACCUCCACCAAAUUUGUCUGAGAGAAAGGGGACUCUCCUGGAUCCACCGAGAGGAUCAACCACGACAGAAUGAAGAUCCAAGGCUGAGAAAAAAGCUACUCUUUUAAAGAGCUGAAAAGCAAAACCAUGCCGUGGUGACGUGCGGGCGAAGAGCAGGGCCUGAUCAUGAGAGAUAAAAAGGAGACACCAUGUGCCGAAAUCUGUCCAAGUAUGCCUUGCUUUUCGUGUUCCUGUUGUUGUCAGGAUUCAUCUUCCUGCUGCGCAACAUCCACACUCUGGAGAGUUGGAACUGCCACGCAAUCUCGGCCUUUUACCAGUUUCAGACCAGGAUCCACUCGUCUCUCGUGAACCUCCCAACAUACAAUCAGAACCUCACCUUCUGUGCCCAUCUGGGCCAGAAACCAUCUCCUGAGGAUAAACUUGAAGAGCACUACUUGUUGGACUCAAUAGAGUGGCCUGGCCCUCCAGCUCGCCUUGCUCCACUCGGCCUACGCCAGACGAGUGACCCUGUUCACAGCCUCUUCACCGUCCUUCCCAAUAAGGAAAGAAGAGAGUGGCGCAUCGGGGACCAGCUGGAGGCUCUGGUCCAAAUGCACGACUAUCAGGGUCGUCCUAAGCGUUACGGCGGGGACUUCCUCCUUGCCAGGCUGCAUUCUCCAGAGCUCGGCGCGGGUGUAGCCGGGACGGUGGUCGACCACAGGAAUGGAAUUUACUCUGCUCUGUUCCCGCUGCUCUGGGUGGGGGCCGCCCACGUCGAGAUAACGCUUGUGCACUCCAGCGAGGCGGUCGCUGUGCUGAAACACUUGAGGGAGCAUCGGCCCGAUCGGGUUUUCUUCAAGAGCCUGUUCCGCUUGGGUUUCUUGUCAGAAACGACUCUGUGUAACAUGUGCUUACCCUCCGACCAGCAUCCUCUGUGCAACUAUACAGACCUCUACACGGGCGAACCCUGGUACUGCUACAAGCCCAAGAUGCUCGGCUGUGACACCAGAAUCAACCACGCCAAAGGGGGAUAUUUAAAACACCUCCUGACCAACAAGGAGGCUCUGCUCUUCCAGAGUGGUGUAAACAUCAAAGUUCAAAUACACGCCUCAGGAGAAGACAGAAUCAACGUGCUGCCACCUGAAGCAGGUGAAGUUGAGAAGGAAAGCAGCUCUGUGAAAACAGACCCGGUUAAGCCCAGGCCUUCUGGAUAUUAUUUUAAAGACUCCUGGAGGCCGUUAGGAGGCACCGUAAUGCGUCGCUUCAACGAAUCGGCGGCAAUCACUCAGUGUUUGAGGAACAAGGUGAUCAACAUGUAUGGCGACUCAACUGUUCGACAGUGGUUCGAGUACCUCAUUACCUUGGUCCCAGAAAUGAAGGAGAUAAACCUGCACAGUCCGAAAAAUGUGGGGCCCUUCAUGGCCGUGGAUACAACCCAUAACAUCCUGGUAAAGUACCGAUGCCAUGGCCCGCCCAUACGCUUUUCCACUGUCCUGUCCAGCGAGUUGCGCUACAUUUUUAAUGAACUGGACGGCCUUUCCGGAGGCCCCAACACCGUGGUGGUCCUCAGCAUCUGGGCCCACUUCAGCACCUUCCCCGUGGAGGUGUACAUCCGGCGCCUCAGGCACAUUCGGCGAGCGCUGCUGAGAUUGCUGGGCCGGGCGCCGGAGACGCUGGUGGUGAUCCGGUCGGCCAACCUCCAAGCCCUGGAUGAGGAGGUGAGCCUGUACAACAGCGACUGGUACUCCCUGCAGCUGGACACGGUGCUUAAGGCUAUGUUCAGAGGCCUGGAUGUUCUCAUGGUGGACGCCUGGGAAAUGAGUUUGGCUCAUCACCUCCCUCACGCCCUCCAUCCUCCUCAGACCAUCGUGCAGAACAUGAUAGACAUGCUUCUGUCUUACGUCUGCCCAGGGACAAAGUCGAGGACAAAGUAGAAGCUGCGGCGUCUGGUGAAAGAAUCUCUUGUCGAAGGGAACGGGAAUUCAUCUGUCAACUGUACGGAUCUGAGCAGCUUCUGUUACCCUCCCAAAUUUUAGCGAAUGGUUUUAUACUUAUCGUGUUCCUUCCUGUACAUAAUUUAUUCCAGGAAUGCCAAAGACUCAGGCAGAAUCACUUCUUCUCCGCUGCUGGAACCAAAGUGAGCUUGUCUGUGCGUGUCAAGCGUACCCGGCUUCUUCAUGCCUCUCAAUACAGCCUGAGGCAGAAAAAAUCAUGUCUUAUUUUUCUCAUUCAUCCCUUCAUCACAAACAAGAUUCCUCCUGAAUGCUACAAAAGAAAAAAUUGGACAAAACGUACCUUAGAAUCAAAUAUGAAUGAAUUAUUUUAAAACAUUACAAAUUUGCACCAGUUUAAGUAGUUAAAUGUUUCCGAUUGCUAUGACUUAACGUAGAAACCUGAAUAAGCUCAAAAUUCAUGUUUGAAAUUAUAGUUUUGAGAAAACUGACCAAAACAGUGUCGCCGUAUGUGGGAAAGCCUUGCUAGUGUUUGUUGAAGCAGCAACACUCAGUGCAGCCCGGGUUUGCUUCAGGUGAACGUCACACACUGGUGGUCAGACAUUUUCUCUCAAACGUUUCUGCUGGAAGGCAUUAGAGUCACCGUAGAGACUUGUUUUUCUCGUAAAGUUUUUUGUUUUUUGUUUGGGAUCAACACUUUUCACUUUUGUCUCAUCAAUCCACAGAGUAUUUCCCCAAAAAUGAAACUCUUGAAUUCAUCAAGAUGUUUUUGGGGCCAGUGUAAAGGAGAGGCUUUUGUCUUCUUUUUGGUUAGCAAGCCUUUUUGUUUGCCUGAAAGCUUUUCUACUUUUGCCUUUUACGUGACAUAAGACAGUGCCUCCAAUGGUUCUGGUUUUCUUUUGUUUUCGGCUACUCCUCCCAAGGUGCUCAGGAACUCUUUUCACUCUUCGAUAUGAGAAAAUGUAAAGUGAAUCAAAUUUAUACAGAUUUCUGAUCAAAACUUUUGGCUCAAGAGCACAAUAGAGUUUGCACAACAGUUAGUUUCAUCAUUGACUAUUGAUUUAGGUGAGAAACAAUCAUUGCUGGCUCGUGUUGGAAUCUGAGCCAGCCAGUUAUGGAGUAUUUCUGAAGUGAUUUCUAGGAGAGGAUGAAUGUUUUGGAUAUUUUCCUUGUUAAAAAAAUGUGAAACUCUGUGAGCGAUCAGUAUUUUUAAAAAUAUAACGAGAGUACAUGCACUUUUAAAUAGAAACUUUUACUUAUCUUGCAAUUUAGUACCAAGGCUACUAUAUUCUUUUGAAAUUUGGGGGAUUUUUAAUUCUGUGGCAUCUCACCACUUAAAGAUAUCAAAAAUACCACAUGUGCCACUAGAUACAUACUAUCUAAAUCUAUCAGACCCAAUAGUCUCAUGCUACCCUAUGAUGACACUUUGUCUGUACCGAUGAAGGUGAACUCUCCUCGGCAUGCAGAACGCUUGCAGCUGUGGCUACAAUCUAGUAGCUUACUGUCAGUGUGUUAAUGUGUGAAUGAAUGGAAAUGACUGAUCUUAUUGUAAAGCGUCUUUGAGAGACCUGGAAAGCUCUAUACAGGUCUGAUUUUAUUUCUUACUUCCUCUUAGGAAACCAAGUUAUUUGAGCAUCAACACAAUGUUCUAUCCUCAGACCUUUAGAUGACAUUUUGUGCAAAUCAGAAUUUUUUAAUACAAGUUUACCAAGACUGUUAAUUUCCCCUUAUUGUUACUUAUCACUUUUGAAAUAAAGAAUUUUAUAUUUAA